CACCACCUUUCCUCUCCAGCGAACACUUCCGGGUUUUAAUGUUUACAACUGCAACCUUCAGAGCCCCUGGCUGCUUCCUAAACCUCAUUUUGUGCCAAAAGCAGGAUGCGCUGCCGGUGCUAGGACUCACACACAGUGACGCUGCAGGGCUCCAUCGUCAGCAUCAGCUGCUGAGGGUCCCGUCUCAAAUUCAUUAUGAAGAAAAAAGGCCGACGUCCUCGGUUGCCGGAAGCUUCACGACAGACGGGUAGGACGCCAGCAGGGAGCGCGGGCGACGUCAAGAAGCCAGGAAACAGAGGCAGACCCAGGAAGGCCGUGUCGGCAGCAGAUAGUCUCCAGCGUGAUAAUGGACCAACAGACGAGACCGGGAGGCGGGACGGGGGCGCAGCAGCUGCCGACCAUCCUCAGAAACAUCCAGGGAGCCGAUCCAAAUCUUCAGGUAGACUAUCCACUGCCCUCUGCAGGCUCUGCCACGGCAAGUUCUCACCGCGGAGCCUGCGGCACGCCUUCAACCAGUGGCCUCAGGAUUCAGCCGAGGUUCUUGACGAUGAAUCCGACUCUGUGGCCCCGUCGCCCCUUUUAUUCCACACAGACUUCCAGCGGCUGGUCGGGGUACCGCUGGACCGUGACCCCCAGUUAUCGGAGUUUAUCUGUAAGAAAUGUCAUGCCAACUUCUACAAGUGUCACAGCAUCCUGAUCAGGUUCCUGCAGAGAGUCAACCUGCCGCCGGUUAGUCAAGGGAACAGCCGAGGCCGGAAGAAUGCAAAGUGUCCACAGUCGUCGGUGACCCACGGUUCAACAGCGCCGCCGUCUUUUACCUCAGACCCUAAGUGCCUCCACAGCCUGGUGUCCUGGGCCCACCACCAUGGAGAGGCGUGCCGCUCCUGCCCCGACCUCAAGGAGGUGCUGGAGGGCCAGUGCUGGGGUUCUGUGAGAGCGGUGUGGGGCUGCAUGGACGGGCACAGCUACAUCAUGGACACUGCCACUGCCGAAACUCAACCGAGGGCCAACCCGGUGAGUGUUAGCGGUGCUCUGUUAAGAAGCGGCAAUGAUGAUGGAGCGAUGUCUGAGGAGGAGGAGGAGGAAGAGGAGGAGCAGUCCAGAGGAGAUCUAAGGAGUGCCGGGGGAAGUGCAACCAGUUUGGCCCAGCCGAGUCCAGCUGCAGUCACGCCGCAGACUCAGAGCUCAGCCCAGAUCGAUGGCAGCAGCACCACUAAUGAGUUUGUAGGGCACGAGGAGGCGCCGUCUCCUGCUCCUGCCCAGCUGGAGGACCAGACGGCCGACAGUGAUCUCUCUGACAGAGCCAUGUCCAUUGAGGACGAGUUUGACGAGGGUAGAAAAAGAGGUUUCUCCGAUGACGAACUGUUCCAGCCUUAUCCAGAGAAAAGGCCUCGCAGGCUGACCAUCCCCAACAAGAGGAGACGAAGCCCGAAGACACCGGAGGAGCCCAAAGUGAAAAAGAAACCGGGGCCCAAGCCUGGCUGGAAGAACAAGUUCAAACCUAAAGGAGAGGAGCUGCCUAAUAUCUACAAGUGUCCAUACCAGGGCUGCACGGCGGUCUACCGAGCUCCCGAUGGGCUGAAGAAGCACAUCAAGGAGCAUCACGAGGAGGUGAGAGAGCGGCCCUGCCCUCAUCCUGGCUGCAACAAGGUCUUCAUGAUCGACCGCUACCUGCAGCGGCACGUCAAGCUCAUCCACACCGAGGAGAGGAACUACAUUUGUGACCAGUGUGGUCAAACCUUCAAGCAGAGGAAACACCUCUCAGUUCACCAGAUGCGCCACUCAGGAGCCAAACCGCUGCAGUGUGAGGUGUGUGGCUUCCAGUGUCGGCAGCGAGCCUCCUUAAAAUAUCACAUGACCAAACACAAGGCGGAGGCCGACCUGGAGUUCGCCUGCCUCCUCUGCGGAAAACGUUUCGAGAAAGCCCACAAUCUGAAUGUCCACAUGUCCAUGGUCCACCCGCUGACUCAGGCAGAGGCUCAGAGAGGCGGCAACCCGCAGCAGCACCCGCCAUACUCCGACAUCCACACCAUCACGCUGACUGGGGAAGUGGUGCAGCAAGACCAAGACAGAUGACAGCUGGAAAACCAGUGGAACAAAGUCUAACGCUGCCCUUCCCAAACUGCGGGACGGGCUCUGUUUCUGGCAGGUUGUCACGACAGAAGCGGGACGUUGAAGUUGACAGUUUGUUUACGUUGUCAGGCUGAUAGACGGGGACAGAGAAUGAGUCUGUGGCUCUUUCCAACACAACAUCAGUUUCAUCAACUGGUAACGUUUCUGUUCCGCCAGGCUGUCAAGCGGGAAGAUCAAUUUCAGCACCAGUUUUAUCAGAUAACUCGCAUGUCAACUUUUACAGUUAGAAUUAACAAAAAAUAUAUAUUUUACACUGUUUUCUUCAUAAUGAAAACUUUCAUGUUGGUUGAUCUAACUAUAUUGGUGGGAAAAACUUAUCGUCAGCUGGUUGUUGUUUUAUGAAUUGAUUUUCAUUACAAAACACAGGUGUUUCAUUUUGAGGGUGUUUUAGGGAAUACUCUGUCGUAGGGGAAGUAGCAGGCUUUACUUCAUGUUGGAUAUUGAUGUUCAGCAAAGUGCACUGAGAUGCUCUGGCAGCAGCGACGGCAUCCACAAACAAGGUGUUACACUCUCUGGGCCAGCAGGCGAGGAGUUUUUGUCCCAGAAAAGAAGAUUGGCUGUUGAGUCAGUUUGAAAGCCUGAAAUCUGAUCAUAUGAUGAAGUAACUGUUGAGUCACUGGUGCUGAUCGACAAGCCUAUCAGCCCCUGCAGCAGUAUUCACAUGUUUUGUGCUAUGGGACCGUAAAAAUCUUACUAUUAGCGCAUUUCAAAACCACGUCUUUUUUUUUUUUUUGUCUGACAGUAAGAAAGGCUUUCUCUCAACUUUUCCAGUGAAAAAAGGAGAUGAGAGAAAGUGUUACCAGAAGAGACAAGCAGUUUGUGUGUGUAUGGACCAUGGAUUUAGAAUUUUUUCUUGAUAACUGAAUUACAUCCUAUCAGAGCCCGGUUAAGCCACAUAUAUAGUAAGUAACUGCGUGCACUCAAUAUGACGCUAUUGUCAAGUAUAUAAUGUAAUAUUCUUGUUAUCUAGAUGUCAGUAAAGCACUUAUUCUGCCUAUAUGUGCAAUGGGCAACUGAUGGUGCAGAAUGAUUCACGGAACAUGGGAUUUUCUUGGUAGAUGUUUUUUUAUUAAGUUAUUACAUUGCAAAGUAAGUGUUUAUCUCUGACGUGUAAACAUCAAAAAGGGCUUGAGAUAUACACAUGUAUAAUAUAGACUUUGAACCGCUGUGAGCAGUAUGUAAAGGACAGCCUGUAAAUAAACUGUGUGAAUCUGUUUUUACAAA